GCCGCCGCGGUGCCGGAGCCGCUGCGGUGCCGCUGGGGGCGGGCCGGGCCCGGCGGCCGUUCCGCCCCCCCGCGCUGCGGCCGGGGCUCGGCCCCGCUCCGUCCCGCGGUGCAGGGAGCCGGGCCGGUGCCAGGGCCGCGCCCGGCCGGGCCGCAGCCCCCGCCGCCAUGGCCCGAGUCUCGGCGAUGAUCAGCCCGGUCCUGGUGCUCUUCGGCUGCGACCUGUGUUUCGUGCGAGCCAACAGGCCACCGUCCCCUGUCAACGUGACUGUGACGCAGCUGAAGGCAAACUCUGCCACAGUCUCCUGGGACGUACCAGAAGGAGAUGUGGUCAUCGGCUAUGCCAUCCUACAGCAGAGGCAGGACGGGCAGAUGCAGCGCUUCAUCCGGGAGGUGAACACCACCAACCGUGCCUGUGUGCUGUGGGACUUGGCAGAGGAUGCUGACUACAUCAUCCAGGUGCAGAGCAUUGGCCUGUAUGGGGAGAGCCAGGCUAGCAAGCGUGUCCACUUUCGCACCCUGAAGGAGACCGACCGCCUGCCUUCCAACAGCUCCAACCAAGGUGACAUCACCAUGGAAGGGCUGGACAAAGACCGGCAGCUGCAGACAGGCGAGAUUAUUAUCAUUGUGGCUGUGCUGCUCAUGUGGGCAGCGGUGAUCGCCCUGUUCUGCAGACAGUACGAUAUCAUCAAGGAUAAUGACUCCAACAACAACAAGGAGAAGACAAAGCCCUCCUCAGAGCACAGCACGCCAGAGCGACCGAGUGGAGGGCUGCUGCGGAGCAAGAAGAAAUCUCCCUCAGUCAACAUCAUUGAGGUGUAAGUGCAACACCAGCUCUGCCGUCUGGGAUCUUGGGUGUCCUGCCAGAGCCACAGCAGGCCUUGGAAGAAGAGGCAGCACCAGGCGUGCCGCCUGGAACUCAGCAUGCGACGAUCCACGUACCAGAACUCCCACUUUCCUGAGGGCACCUGCCUGAGGACGUGCACGGAGCCAGCUCCCGAGCCCUGCAUGCAGAGCGUGGCCCUGCCCAUCCCUCACCCGGCCCUCCUCCCCUCCCAGGGGAAGCAUGACCUUGAGGAUGGGUGGGGGGCCACACCAGCGGCUGGGGUGGGAGGGUGCCAAGGGGAGCCGAUGGGCCGAGGCACUGGCCUGAGGGGAGGCCAUGUCGCUGUGCACCGCCUUGGCCAAGGCCCGGGGUGCACCUGAGGCACUGGAUGCCUGCCUGGCAUCAGGGGCAGACCUUGCUCUCAGCUGCCCGUUUGGCCUUGGGGGUGUUUGCAGAGAGCGGGAGCUGCUCCCCUCCGCGCCCCGGGGCUGCAGGAGCAGGGCGGUGCAGGCGCUGCCCCAGCACUGCCAGGAGAGCUGUGGCCUGUAGGACGGUUUGUCUGUGGGGCUGGGCCCAGCCAGCACCGGGGAUGAGUGGAUUGCUGCUGGGCUCCACUGUACCGUGUCAUGGCUGUGCAGGGCCUUCAAAUUCUCUGUCUACUGCAGAGGACGAAGACACAGGGGACGAUGAAGGGCUAGUGCUGUCACAGUGCCUGGCCAGCCCACAGAGCCUGCAGCGGGGCAGGGAGCGCUGGUGGACAAGCCUUGCCGGGCUGGGGGAGCGGCAGUGCCAGGGCACAGCUGUGGCUGUGCUGUGUCCCCAGAAGGGCUCAGUGCUGGCACAUUCGGGCUGUUUGAGGGGAGCUGCCAGGAACUUCCUGAGCAACAUGGUGCCUGUGCUGCCUGGAGGAGACAAUGUGGUGAGGCUUGCAAGGUCUCAGUUGGAGGGAAUGGGGUGAAACAAGGAGGCUCCCUGCUGCCCUGGCUGCUGCUCUCCCUCCAUGCUCUGCUCUGCAGCCUGCCACAGACAGACUCUGCAGCCCUGGACUCAAGCAUCACAGGAUCCAGUGUCUUCCAGGAAUAAAUCUCCCAGUAAAAGCACUUUCAGGACUUUUCCUUCCAGGUGCUGCUCAGCUCCUGCUGCAGGACUAGGCGGGGAAGGGACAGGAUAAGCAACUCCUGUGGCAGGGUCUUUUCAAUAAAAGCAUCCUGGCUCAAAGGCAGCAUCAGA